AUGGCCAAAACUUUAACAAAUAAUGACGCAAAUAAACCACCGUCUAAUGGAAAACAACAAAAACCAGAACCCUCUGAAGAAAAGGCAAAAAAAGAGUUAAUUGAUUACCUAUUUGAAGGUAUUGUAACUUUUGAUGGACAUUACAAUGAGAAAAGCGCCAAAGACAUUGAAAAAGAACAAACAAACGAGCGCGUGAUUGCGAGUAUGGCAACAGCUACAUCAGAUACCUUAAAAAAUAUAGAAAAGUGUAAUAUUUUAUGGAAAAAACACGAAGCUGCAUCAUGUUCGAAUCUAGUAUCAAGUUUAUUUAGUUAUUUUUCGAUUCAAAAACAAUAUAUAUAUGUUAAUUUACCAAUUUUACUGGCCAAUUUGAUUGAAUUCCUACUCAAAACAGACAAUUUAGAUGAUUUUUCUUUUGAAAUUGUUACACAUCGAAAAUUUAUUUUUUCAACUUAUGAAAACCUUUUAGAUUUAGAUCAGGCAUUGAUAUCAUUUUUAAAAGAAGUAUAUGAGCGUAAUCUCAUUACAAAAAAGAAUCCAAUGUACAAAUAUAUGCUUUACACGUUAUUUGACUUAUUAGUCGAAGCUCUCAAAGAUAUUACACUUUCAAAUGCAAUAAGAAAAGCUGCACUCGAAUUCUUCAAUACAAAUCUUUUAGUUUUUUCAGAAUUAUUUAAAAUUCCAGAAAAAAACAAUGCUUUUUUGGAAGGAAUUAUUAAAAUUUUGGAAGAUCAGAUCAGUGAUAUUGAAAAAACUAUUUUUAAUUGCUUGAAACUCUUUAUUAAUAAAUUUUAUCCAAAUAUUGAACCAAAAAUCUUGGAUUUUUAUCGUAUAGUUAAAGAAAGGAUUAACAAAGGAAUUCGUGCUUACGAUACGCAAAACAAGGAAUCAUUUCAAGUCAAAGAUAUGAAUUAUUGUUUUAUGUUUUGGACAAAGUUAGCAAAAAUCGAAUACAUGCUCAAAAAUAACACAGAAACCAAUAUAGUAUCAAAGAACUAUAUUCUUGGCAGCUAUAAUGUAAUUAUGGAAUUAAUUUUUGAGUUAUUAAAGAAGAAUGAGCCAAAACCAUCCAUUGAUGAACCAUAUAUACUUGAAGAUAUCAUGCCAGAGGCAAUUGCUAUGGAUUGCAUGAUGGAAAUGUUUUAUUUGAUUCCUACCGAGAUUUUUAUUUUCAUUUAUAACAAAUUAUCAUCGUAUCCUUCUGAGAAUGCAAAUGAAUUUUAUGCCUGCACCCUUAUGCUCUCUUAUUUCGUUCACAAAACUAAUGAUGAAAGAUUUAAGCAGUUUUUCUUUGAAAAACUAAAUAUAUUAUUGCAGAAUUCAUCAAUUCUCAAUGGAUCUAUCCGAUAUGCAAUAGUAUUUACCAUUUCAAAGAUAAUUGGCUUUUAUCCAGAAUUAUUAAUGACGGAUAUAGACUUAGUUCGAACAAUCUUCGACUUGAUUAAAAAGCAACUUGAUUCCCAUAGUAAACAUUUCGUAAGGUUGGCCCUCUACCUUUAUUCCAUACUUUUAUCUUCAUCUCCAAUUGAUUCUCUGAACGCAACAAGAGAAAACUUCAUGAUAUUUGCAACAGAAGAGAUCUCAAAACAAGAUCGUAAAGAAGAUGACUGCUGUAGAUAUGUUUUUGACUGUUUAAUUUCAAUUUUCCAUCGUUCUCCCGUCAAUCAACAGUAUUAUAUAUGGUCAGAAGCUCUUAAAAUGCAAGAAUGCACACAAUACCUCUGUACUGCUCUAACAUUUUUCGGUUUGGUCAAACCAACAGAUGAAUUAUUGGAUCAAACAGUCAAAUUUUUGAUCGAAGACUCGAAAAAAUACGCUUUUGAGGAAUCAUUUUGUGCUCUCGUGCAGAUGUUCCGAUGGAUUUCCCCUGAACAAGCCAAGAAUUAUGUUCCACAAUGCUUAGAUAGCAUCCAAAGUGCAAUAGAAUCAAAGGACAAAAACACCAUUGAAGCAUUUGAGCUUCUUCUUGGCUUCUUGGCCGUAAAUUACCAAGAAAUGUUCAAGAUCCACUCAAAAGAAAUUGUUUCAAGCCUGAAAGCGAAUCUCAAUGACGACACAAUGUUGCUGCAAUUAUAUGUAGCUACAGCAGCUGCACUUUGCGACAUUGCUCAGGCUUCUUUUGAAUUUAUUAAACAAGAUUCAAAGGAAAUUGCAAAGAGAUUACUUGAAUUAUGCCAACAAUAUACAGAAGAACCAAUUAUUGAUGCUACUUUCACGUUAUUACGUACUAUUCUUGAGAACAACUACGAAAUCGGAAAAAUUAUUUUUAGAGACAUUUUCAAAGUUAUCAAAUUAAUACAUAAAGGGAAUAAGUACACAGACCAAAUUGCUCAGUCGAUAAUCAACGUCAUUUUGAUCUUGAAUUCACAUUAUUCACGUGAAAUCAGCUUUUUAGUAAUGAAUGAGAGUGUAGAAUGGAUUACAAGGAAGGCACAUAAUAGUCCAGAUAACCUUGUUGCAAUGGUUGCAAACGAACUCUUGCAAAUGUUAUAA